GUCAUCUGUAGCCCACACUGGCGUGGGGACACCAAGGGUCUCCUCUGUCACCAGGGUGUGGAUCGGCAGUGAAGACCACCAUAGUUCAACAUUGCACUAAGCCACCCCCUCCCCUCCUGCCUCCAACGCAUUUUUGAAAAUCAUUCCGCCAAGUCGAUCUUGAAACCAGAUGUGAGUUGGGACAUGCCCCCUCUCGUCAGUGCCUGCGCUCGGCUGCCGACUCCAGCUCCAGCUCCGUGGAUACUGUCCAACUAUAUCCACGUUCGCUCUGCUCUUGGAUCGGGAGCGGCUCGGCGUUCCUGCACGACCCAGCACCGCGCCCAGCACUGCCUGACGGACCGAGCGGCCGGGAGAGAGAGACGAGGGGGUCUGCAGCUCGGAACACAGCCAGCCAGCUGCUGAUCGGGGACCGUGGUGUAACGGGACGGUGCAAGGAGCGAGCCGCCGGCGACAGAGAGCCCAGCCCGGAGCAACUCUGGCCCGCAGCCAAGGUGAUGUGUGAGCGUUGGUGAGGGGCAGACAUGUGGACACUUUGGUUUGCCGUCCUGUGGGCGUCUGUCACAGCGGAGCAGUCGAGCACGGAGGUGCUGGCAAGGCGCAGAGAUGUUCCGUGCCCACGUGUCCACCACGAUGGAUGGAAAUCACGACACCAGGAGCAAUUCGUUAACGUUUCAGGCUUUAAUUUACUCAGGAGAUUCUCUCUCUUUAAGACGCCAGCACUGAAGAAAAUCCGAAGUCCGACAGGAUCGUUGAUUGUGAGAUUAGGAAAUGUGUCCCUGGUCAGAGCCACGGACCAGGUGUUCCCCAAGGGGCUGCCCAGGGACUUCACCUUCCUGGCCACGCUGCUGAUGAAGAAGAGGACACUGAAGGAGAGCUGGUACCUGGUGAAAAUCACCGACUCCCAGGGCCGAACGCAGUUUUCGAUCGGUGUCGACGGGAGGGACAAGACGGUGGAGUUCCAGGCCCAGGGCCGGUUCCAAGAGCAGUUGCGCUGGGUGUUCGGUGGCCAGGGCAUGGCUGCCCUCUUUGAUCUCCGCUGGCACAAGCUGGUGGUCAGAAUACAGGACAGCGUGGCCUCUCUCUACCUCGACUGCCGACUCAUCGAGAUGAAAUUGGUGGAGGAGCGCGGCGAAAUCGACACGGAGGGCCAGGCGGCGAUGGGUCUACUCGCCGAGAACCACCAGCCGGCUGAGGUCGACCUGCAGCAGAUGAUCCUGUUCUGCGACCACUUCGAGGCCGAGAAGAUGACGUGCUGCGAGAUUCCGGGCGUCCGGUGUGCGGUGGAUGUGCAGGGGCCAAAGAGCAGGCGGGAUGCCCAGCGGCUCCAUGAUGGGACGUUGACAGGAGCCCUGCCUCAGAUACAGGGGGAGGUCGAGACCAAGUGCUUCUGCGGCGACCAGAAGACAAAGGCAAAGUGCAAGUCCUGCAUCCCCGAGGUAGCUGGAAAAAAUGAUGCCAGUGAACUGCUCAGAGCAAAGACUGAGAAAGGUCAGAAAGGUGAGCCGGGAAUCCCUGGACUGAGUGGUACCCCGGGCAGAGAUGGGAAGCCAGGAGAGAUGUGCAUCAUUGGGCCGAAGGGCACUAAGGGGGAUCCGGGACCCGUGGGACCAGAGGGCCUUGCCGGAGAGUCGGGAUCACCGGGACUACCGGGAACUCCGGGGGUAGGAAUUCCAGGAAAACCGGGAAAACCGGGAGGUUCACCCAGAUCAAAUGGAGACCCGGGUGAACCAGGACUGCCUGGGCCAAAGGGAGAGAAGGGAGACCAGUGUGGGCUUUGUCCCACAGAAGCAGAGGAAGAACAGGCUGCGGAAAAUUCAAAAGCACCUCAGGAAACGAAUGCAGAGCCUUCAGGGCUCAUGAAGCAGGCCACACCUGGACCCCCAGGAUUGCAGGGUAAAAAGGGUGAAUCUGGAGAGCACGGCCUGAAGGGAGAGAAGGGUGACGCCUGCGAAUUCUGUCCUCAACUCCCCGAGGAGCUGGGAGGAAUUGUGGGAAUCCCUGGACCAUCAGGACCCAAAGGUGACCGAGGUCCCCCAGGGCUUGGGUCACCCGGACCCUCUGGCAUGCCUGGAACUGUGGGACCACUCGGGUUAAAGGGAGAAAAGGGAAGCAUCAGCAACCAGGGCCCGGCAGGGAAGUCAGGCAAGCGAGGAACUCGGGGCCUUCCAGGACACGAGGGCGGGAAGGGAAGCACGGGGGAGCGUGGAGACCGAGGGAUCGCAGGAGACCAGGGCAUGAAAGGAGAAAAGGGUGAAGGUUGCGGAGCUUGCUUCACCUCCACGUCAGGUCAGCAGACCGCAGCUUCCCCGGAACAGGGAACGCCGGGAGCGGGGCCCACUGACCAGCAGCAAGGCCCCAGGGGGGAGGCCGGGAGCCAGGGUGAGCCAGGUCCCAAGGGUGACUCUGGAGAUCCAGGUGCCGCCGGAACUCCAGGGACCCCAGGAAAGCCAGGAUUACGAGGAUUUCAUGGUCUGAAUGGCGAAAAGGGGGACCAGUGCGAGAUCUGCCCCACCAUUCCAGAGGGCUUCAAAGACGUGAUCGGACUUCCUGGGAGACCCGGACCUCGAGGAGACGCUGGACCUCCUGGGACAGGGAAACCCGGGAAACAUGGUUUGCCUGGUCUGCCGGGCGUGGCGGGCAGUCAGGGUGAUAAGGGGGAGAAGGGGCAACGUGGACCUCCAGGACUCGGACAGCCGGGGAAAUCGGGGAAGGACGGCAUGGCGGGACGGCUGGGGGAGGUGGGUGAAACAGGAGUGCCGGGCACACCCGGGUCCGAUGGGCCGAAAGGCAGCAGGGGCCAAGCGGGAGAGCAUGGGAUCCCAGGGCACCCUGGAGAGCCGGGUGUGGGAAUACAUGGGGCACAGGGAAAGGAUGGAGAGCCUGGGGUUCCAGGGUUACCGGGGAAACGAGGCUUCCCAGGUGCGACUGGACUUACAGGUGAAAAGGGCGCAGCGGCCGAACCCUGUGUGUGUGUUCCAACCCAACAAGGAGAACGGCGGCCGCCGGGUGCUUUGGUAGAUCAUGGUCUUCCCGGUGCCCAGGGUGAGCGUACGACAUGGACAAAUGGACCUCUGGGCCCGCCCGGACCACCCGGACCACCUGGACCCCCUGGAGUUCCUGGGCCGCCAGGAGCAGUUGGAGGAAUCGGGCGCCAGGGCAUUCCAGGGAAUGACGGUUUGCCGGGUGUGCCUGGACUCCCGGGAGAGGUGCCUCCACUGUCACUGUUUGCUGAGAGGAACAACUCUUUCUUCAAGCAGGCCUUCUGUGGUAACUGCACCAAUGGUUUGCCGGGAGCGCAGGCCUAUACCGGGGCCAAGGUGGAGCACACGUCACACGGCACUCCCGGGGCAUCUGCCAUCGACCACUGUGAGAAGUGUAAGCAGGAUCAGCGCGGACUUCCCCGUACAGAGGAGGAGAGGCCAAACGACAGACACUAUGGCUACCCAGGAACUCCGGGGAUGCCUGGGAUGCCGGGUGAAGCUGGAUUGAAGGGAGAGCUGGGCCCUCCGGGACCUCGUGGAUACUCUGGAUCACAGGGACAAGCGGGACCCCCCGGAUUCCCUGGUGCUCCCGGGACCCCUGGAACAGCUGGACUUCCUGGAGACCGGGGACUGAACGGCGAGCCCGGGCCGAAGGGAGAGAAGGGGCCGUCUGGAUUGCCGGGAUACCCAGGAGGAGGAGGGAUUCCCGGUCUCCCGGGGCUGAAAGGCGAGCGUGGGCCCGUGGGCCCUGGAGGAGAGACGGGCGUAUCGGGUGUUCCUGGUAUUCCCGGAGCCCAGGGCCCGAGCGGCUCCGCGGGCUCCAAAGGUGACCUAGGACCACCCGGCCCUCGUGGGGAGAAGGGAGACCAGGGAUUUCAAGGACAGCCGGGAUUUCCUGGACAGCAGGGGCCAAUCGGUUUUCCAGGGAAGUCCGGGCCCCUGGGACCUCCUGGAGCAUCGGGUGAGAAGGGCUCAGAGGGAAGGACAGGACUUGUCGGCCCAACAGGACCUCAAGGUCGAAGUGGACCUCCAGGAAUACCGGGACCCUCCGGAGUGCAAGGCCUCGAUGGGAAGGACGGGAAGCCAGGUGCCCGGGGAGAAGUUGGCCCCCACGGACCACCAGGAAUCCGAGGCGGACAUGGCUUUAAAGGAAAGCCAGGAAUCCCCGGGCUACCUGGAAUGAGGGGUGAAGGGGGGCCAACUGGACCGCCGGGGGUAAUGGGACGGCCGGGCUUUGAGGGUGAGCCAGGACCGCCGGGACCUGCUGGACCACCGGGACUUCCAGGGCAUAUGGGCACAGCCGGAACUCCAGGAAGUCCGGGGCCCGUGGGACCACCGGGAAUGGGAGCGAAGGGUGAGCGAGGAGCGAUGGGAGAGAGAGGUCUACUCGGCCUGGCCGGCAUGCCCGGAUCCCCCGGUACACCGGGAAUCAUGGGGGAGUCUGGCGAAGAUGGCCCAGCGGGAAAAGAGGGGCAACCUGGAGCAGCUGGGACGGCAGGGCAGCCAGGGCCAAAGGGUGAGCCAGGAAGAGCAGGAGAAAAGGGAGCCCAGGGCCAGCGUGGAUUGCCCGGGAUCUCCAUGGGAGGCUUGGGAAAGAGCAGCGGCAUGGCGCUGCCUGGACAAACUGGUGCCCCCGGCGCACGGGGAGAACGAGGACACCCCGGAACCCCAGGACCUGUCGGCACUCCUGGAAUCCCAGGAACACCAGGAGCUGGGGCUGAAGCUAUUAAUUUCGAUGAGAUCAAGAGGUUAAUAAGGCAAGAAGUUACGAAGAUCUUUGACGAGAGAAUGACGUACUACUUGGCCAGUAUGCGUUCGUCAGAUACCAGCCCGGGCAGACCAGGAACUCCAGGGAAAAUCGGAGCCAGUGGACACCCGGGACAGCCUGGUCAGUCGGGAAUGCCGGGACAGAUGGGAAGAGAUGGGCGGCCAGGAAUACCCGGAUCCAAAGGUCCGAGUGGUCCUAAGGGCGAUCGUGGCGACAAAGGCGUGGGUCAUGUGGGCGAGCCUGGUUUACCUGGGCCACAGGGUCCACCUGGACUCCCAGGUUAUGGUAAACUGGGCCCAUCAGGGCCAGUUGGCCAACAGGGUAUCCCGGGCAUCCCAGGACAACCAGGCAACCAGGGAUCAACCGGGAAGGAUGGCCGCUGCCUGCCAUCUCAAUGUGCCAUUCAAAUGCCAGAGCCUUACAACGCCAAGAAUUCCAAAGGACCAUCUUCCUGGAUGAAUUAAUAAAGUCUAUACAACUGCUAUCACUUUAUUUGAAGGGGGGGGGGGGGGGGGAGGUUUGGGGUGAGGAUGGGUGAUGAUUUAAUCAUUUUGGCCUUGAUUAUUUCUUUUUGUACAAAUAAACCCACCCAGUGGAUUAUCCAAAGCGUUAUUUAAAUAGUUGUUGGCAACGUAUAUGAGAGUGUUUCCAGCCUGAAGCAGAGUUGGACUCAUUGUGACUUGGCCCCAAGUAUUUCCUUGGCCCCGCUAAAGGUGUCCUCUGGGGCCCGACUGUUGGGAGUUGCGAGUUUGGGCGUUGGGCCCCAUUGGUGAUGGAGGAUGACUCCUUGCAGUUGGAGGUAUGACCUCCUGGGUCCCACCCCCUUGCUUCCUUCAGUGGCUACUCAACCCAUCAAUCCCACUGCGGCUGGUCUCUGGUUUGUUAAUGGAUCAUUCCACACGGCUUGUUCUCUAUCUUGUUCAUAAACAAAAAUGUCUUCAAAGAAAUAAAAAUGGUUAGAUUUUU